AUGUUAUCUCGAGUGGGUUGUUUGUUCACGUCGUUGGAGAAAAUGAUCGGCGGAGGUGGUUUUUCCCCGCAUGAGCAUCUUGCUCCACCCGCCAGCCAGCCUCCGGCGCCCGGUGGUUUGCUCCACGACCUGCCCUGGAUUAUCGCCAAGGCUGCGGGCCGAAAAGGCAUCUCUGUCCCUGAGGCCAGCCCACCCCCUGCUCCUUCAGAAAUGGUGGGGGACUACUACAAGGCGGCCCAGCUGCGCAAGCCCUCCCCAGUCUGGCCCAGGUUUCCCGCCAUUCAGCCCCUCUUGGCCGAGGCACAAGAGCGGCCUGGGGGCCUGCGGGCUCCGGUCGCCCGCUUCGGACCGUUCACCAGAGUCAAGGGGAUGACCAACCUUGGGUUCUCCGCCGUCCCGUCCCUGGAACCCAGCAUCUCCGCCAUCCUGCUUCCCAAGGCAGUGUUCCAUGGCAGUCGGCAGCCGACUCCCCCGCUGGCCCCAGACCAGGUCACCGCUCGGCUCACAGACCGCAUUCAUCAGUGCGCCUCGCAAGCUGGGGCUGCUCUGACCAACAUUGCCCUCCUCUCAUCGUCUGUGUCCUCCCUCGCCCCUCAGCCUGGGGCCCUCCCCGCGGAGGCCGCAGAGGAGAUCGGCAAAUCCAUGGCUGCGGCGCUGACAUUGCCCUCUGCCGAAGAGUCUGCUGGAAGGACCUGUCAGCCCAGACGGUCUCUUUGGGCCGGGCAGGAGCUCGAGGGCUUCUACUCGCGCUACUUCCUGGUUCCCAAGAAAUCGGGUGAAAUGAGACCUAUCCUCGAUCUGUCCCUCUUCAACAAAUACAUAGUACAGAGACCGUUUCAUAUGCUCACCACGAGACAAGUGCUGGAAUGCAUGCGUCCCGGCGAUUGGUUUACUUCCAUCGAUCUGAGAGAUCAUGUGCCUAUUAUUCCCAAACACAGGAAAUUCCUGCGUUUCUCCUUCCAAGGCACACACUCCCAGUACAACAGGCUGCCAUUCGGCUAUUCCCUGGCCUCCCGCACCUUUUCGAAGUGCGUGGAAGCGGCAUUAGAACCACUGCGCAGAGCAGGAAUCAGGGUCCUCUUUUACCUAGACGAUCUGAUUCCGAUGGCACGCUCCAGACAUCAAGCGGCGUCCCACACAGCGAUGCUGGUGCAGCACCUGGCACAACUGGGGUUUGCAAUAAAUUGGGAGAAGAGUUCACCAGUGCCCUCUCAGAUGCUCAGUUACCUGGGGGUGCACCUGGACUCUCUGCACAUGAGAGCAAGGCUGACACCCACCUGGCGAGAAAUGCUUUGGUCUCUCCUGCACCACAUUAUUCCCCACGCAAGAGUGACGGCUCUAUCCGUCAUGCGCUUAUUAGGAACGAUGUCAGCCGGUCACGUCGUAGUCCCCCUCGGUCUCCUCCAUAUGAGGAAGAUUCAGAGGUGGUUCGGCCAUCUGCGCCUCGACCCACUAUGCCACAAGGGGCGCGUGCUCACGGUCCCACCCUCAGUCCAAUCGGACCUGGAGUACUGGGGAACUCCCAGUGUGCUGACAAGGGGGUUCCCCUGGGCAGAGCCACGUCACACGUCCCAGUGUUCACAGAUGUGUCUCUGCUCGGCUGGGGCGGCACGUGUCUGUCUCAGGCCAUGGGAGGACGAUGGGAUCACACCCCGUCUCUCCACAUCAACUCUGGAACUAGCUACAGUGCUCAAAGUGGUGAAGCAUUUCGCACCGGUGCUGAAGGGCAGACACGUCAUGAUCCGAUCAGACAACACGACAGCCGUCGCGUACAUAAACCGGCAAGGCGGUGUUCACUCUGCCCAGUUGCUGGAGAUUGCACGGGAACUCCUGCUCUGGGCACAUCAGAACUUGCUCUCCAUCAGAGCCGUACACGUCCCUGGCGAGCAGAACCGCGCCGCGGACCUCAUGUCGCGGGGCAGACCUCAGCCCAACGAGUGGAGGCUGAACCCGGCACAGACACUGUGGGACAGGUUCGGCCGAGCGGUGGCAGACCUGUUCGCAGCGCGCGGGAACGCGCAGUGCCGCCUCUGGUUCUUGAUGUGCGCCAGAGACGACCCGCCUCUGGGGGUGGAUGCCUUUGCUCACCACCCCUGGCUGAGGGGUCUCCUCUAUGCGUUCCCUCCACCCCCACUCAUCCCGCGGCUCCUCGCACAC